AUGGUCCAGUCAAAGAUAUUACAAAUCCGGUCAUAUAGCAAUCCCUGCUCUGUGGGAGGGGUUAAUAGGUGGGCCUACCCUACCUAUAAUAAAGCGCUGGACGUAUUGUGUCGAGCAUCUUACUUCCAAACUAUUCAGAAAAGGUUGAGAAACGGUCAGUGGAUUUCCACUAUGGAGCUUGCAGUGGUUUUAUCUUUGAUUGCACUUUCAAUGAAGUUUGUCUCAGCUUCAGAAUGGUGCUACCAGUCACAAUUUAGCUGCAACAACACCUGUACAGGUCCAAAUGUGUGGCAAGAGAUCUCUCAAAACUGCAACGGCAGAUCUCAGUCUCCAAUCAACAUUGUGACAAGGAAAGUGCACCGAGAUGAACGCCUUACUCCGUUUCAAUUUGAGGGUUACCAGGCCACAUUUCAUGGCCACCUCAUAAACAACGGUCACACAGUUCAACUGGAAUUACCUUCUGGUAUUAGAAUCAGUGGAGGACACCUGACUGAAAAAUAUAAAGCCGUUCAAUUCCAUCUGCAUUGGGGCAAAGAGGGAAAACCCGGAUCAGAGCACUUGAUUGACGGCGAGCAGUUUCCCAUGGAGAUGCACAUUGUCCACAUCAAAGAGAAAUACGACUCUUUAUCCCAGGCUGCGAAAGACCGCACAGGAGUUGCUGUCCUUGGAUUUAUGUUUCAGGAGUCAGAGUCUAAUAAUGAGAAGUACUCUCCACUGGUUGAUGCUCUGAAACGGAUCAGUGAACCCUCCAGCAACACCACGCUAACAGGCGUCUCCCUGGAAAUGUUCAUUCCGCCUCAGAAGAGCUUGACGAAAUACUUCCGAUACGACGGCUCUCUUACAACUCCUGACUGCGCUGAAGCUGUUGUCUGGACGCUGUUUGAAAGCACCAUUCCUAUGAGCAGGAAUCAGCUCUCUGCAUUCUACCAGCUCCGGUUUCCUGAUGGGAAGCAUAUGGUUCAGAUCUACAGGCCAGUGCAACCUUUGAAUGGAAGGGUGGUGUAUUAUUCCAACGGAUACAUCUCUUUGGCCAGCUGGGUGCUGCUGACCUCGUCAGUGCUGUUUUCCAGCGCUGUCCUCUAACACUGAUGAUUUAAAGCGUCAGAAAAAAAUUCUUAGAUAAAAAAAUUCAGCUUUGAUAUCCACCCAAUAACUAUAUUAAGGCUUUCGGCUUUUUACUCUCUACCUUUUGUCAUUUAUUUUAUUAAAAGGUUUACUGACAUUUUUAAUCAUGGUUGUGAAGUUACAUCGCUUUUUUUAUGUUUUAGAUCUCUGAGAUAUUUAAUUCAAAGCUGCCUUUGCGCCUUGCCCUCAAUUUAUUUUGUCUAUUUCUUAAAGUUACUCUUUAGGUAUUUUCUAUGUUUUUCAUCUGGUUAUAUCUAUAUGUAAUAAUAAUAAAAAAAGAUACAAAUAAAGAAAAUAUAUAAAAUAAGCGCUUGGGUCAAAGCUUU